ACGAGACAUACAUUAUUUUCACCACAAAUUACAUACAACUCAAAAUGAAAUGACAAACAACUAAGUAUGAGUUACAGACAACUUCACAACUCAAAACAAAUACAAACAAUUAACAAACAAAUGACAAACAAUUAAAUAUCAAUUACAGACAUUUAUUUUUCAAAUGACAUACAAUUUUAUGACUCUUACAGACACUGCACUUACAAGUUGUCUGUCUCACAGACAACCCUUUAUGUUUCGAAAAUACAUCAAAAAUGAAGAAAACAAAAUCAAGAAAAGAAGAUUUGCCGCUCAAGUUAUUCAAAUCUUCUUGGUUUGCCUUCGUCGUUGUCUUCCCUUGAGGUUGCAUCCGAAAUAGCAACCAACGUAGGCCUGCUGUCGGCAACCGCGUAGACCCGCUGUCGGCAACCGGCGUAGACCCGCCGUCGGCAACGUCACUGGUGGAAGUGGAGAUAAGCAGGAGAAGAUUUAAGAUUGGAAAGGGGAAAAAUGGUAAAAAUGAGAAAGAUUUUGAGAUGGAGAAAAAAGGGGAAGGGAGGGGGUGCGUGAAAAGAGGAGAGAGAGGGAGAAAGAGAGGUGAGGUGCAUGAGGGAGAAGAAGAAAAGUGAGAAUGAGUUUUUAUAUGGGGUACUGUAGCAAAUUAUUCGAAGAGAGUGUUCCUGCGUGAGAGUGAUCCUGCGUGAGAGUGCUUCGGAGUUCAGAUCUGUGGUCCACUCAACUACCGGCCGGUUUGGCGUGAUAGAUAGAGAGCUACAGCUAUACUACCGCCAAAUCUCUGUAUAGCUGCUGCCCCGGCGGACGACCGGACAUCUUCUCCUUUCAGACUUGCCUGCUACUCUCUUUCUUCUUUCAUCUUGGUACGCGAGUCUUUCUUUUAUCAUGGCAUUGGGCUAAUCCGCACGGUUACGUAGAUAAAUUGCUGUAUAUUGAGAGCAUUUCAUUUCAAGAAUUUGACAAUUGAUAUAGCACAGAGUUAUGGGACACAAGAAGCGCAACAAGCCUGCUCGCUCUAAACCCUCGGGUUCUCGCGCCGGUGAACUAGCAGAGUCCCUCGAAUCGUUAACUGUCAAUGAUUCAGAGGGGUCUGAUUCAGCGUCUUAUGAAAGUAUUAAGGUUGAGUGUGAGAAGGCAUUGAGCGCCCUGAGCAGGGGUAACCAUACCAAAUCCCUAAGGGCGAUGAAGGACUUGUGUGUGAAACACGGUAACUCGCCUUAUGCUGCUUUGAUUCACCGUGCCCAUGGAACCGUUUACCAGAAAAUGGCCUCUUUAAUAAGUGAGUGUUUAAAUAAGGAUCAGCAUAUGAAGGAUGCCAUCGACUCUGCCAAGAAAGCAACAGUCAUGUCCCCCAACUCGAUAGAGUUUGCGCAUUUCUAUGCCAACUUGUUGUAUGAAGGGGCUACUGAGGAAAAUGGGUAUGAGGAGGCUGUUCAAGAGUGCGAGAGGGCACUGGCAAUAGAAAGCCCAGUUGAUCCAGGAAAGGAAUUGUUACAGGAGAGUCAAGUGAAGCUGCCCACUCCCGAGGCUCGGAUUAAACAGGUGGUGAAUGAAAUUAGGAAUUUGAUUCAGAUGUCUAACAUUGCUUCCAUUUCCACUUUGAUGAAACAUCUGCGCAAUGGGGAUGAGACGUUCAGAUUGAUACCUAUAACGAGCGGGGCUAUGGAGUUGAGUUCAGUACAGCCAAGAAGGCCCAAUGAGAUUAAGAAAGCCCCUAAGACACCUGGGGAUAGAAGGCCCGAUGAGAUUAAGAAGGCAACUAAGACACCUGAGGAUAGAAGGAAGGAGAUCAAAGCUCAAGUGGCUGCAGCAAGGUUAUUGAUGCAGAAGUCAAAAUCAGGUCCGUCACAGAAUGAAGUGGCUAAUAAGGGGAAAAGGCAUGAGGAGAGUCAAGUAAAGCUGCCCAACCCCGAGGCUCGGCUUCAACAUCUCGAGGAUGAGUUUAGAAAUUUGAUUCAGAAAAUUAACAUUGCUUCCAUUGCCACUUGGAUGAAACAACUGCACGAUGGGGAUGUGAAGUCUAGAUUGAUAUCAGCAAGCAGUGUCCUAAACGACUUAGCUUCAGUACAGCCAAGAAGGCCAACUAAGACACCUGAGGAGAGAAGGAAGGAGAUUGAAGCUCAAGUGGCUGCAGCAAGGCUAUUGAUGGAGAAGUCAGAAUCUGGCCAGUCACUAAAUGAAGGAGACAAGGGCUUGGAUCCCUCUGCAGAGAAUCAGAAUGAAGGGAUGCUUGAAGCUGAACCUGCAGUUUCUGAUCAGACUGGAAGAAAGAGCAGGCGCCAGAAGGGAUUGAAAAAAAAUUAUGAAGGAAAGUAUCAAGCUGUUUCUUCUGGUGCAGAUAAAAACAUGGCUUACUUAGAGGGUUUGGCAGAGAAAGAUGCCACUGAAAAAUCUGAUGCUGCACGAGAAGCAUUCCUGGCAGAGCUUGCCCUUGAUUCAGAGAAGAAUUCAGGUGGAGGAAAUGAUAAUUUAAAACAUGCAACUAAAAAGACAAAAGAUAAAAAAAAGAACAAGGGCUAUCGAAAAAGCAAGGGUGCAAAGGCUUCCACUGGAACUAUGCAGCCCAUUCAUGACCACGAGACUUCUCAAUGCAUUUCUUCUCGAGGUGUUAAUGAUAAGGAAAAUGAAGGGGGUGAACUUAUAAUUGUUGGAAGCAAAGAUUCUCCAUCUCUGGAGGAGUGCAAGCUAGGAAAUAUGCUUGAAGAAGAGGAAAGAAAGCUCGAAGAGACAUUGGAGUACCAAAGGAAAAUUGAAAAUGAGGCUAAACUCAAGUAUCUUGCUGAGGAACAUGAGGUAGUUGGAACAGCACUUUCAGAGAAGAUGCCUGCAGAAGUAGUACCUGAUGCUUAUUCGAGAUACAAGGAAGAUCAAGAUGCAAGUGAGCAAGGGAAUAACGCCAAGGAUUCAAUGUUUCCAACUGAUGAAUCUCCUGACGUUUUGGAAGGUCUUCUAAGGAACACUGCUGAUGUUGAUGCAAAUAGAGCGGAGAAUCAGAAUGAAGGAAUGGUUGAAGCUGAACCUGCAGUUUCUGAUCAGACUGGAAGAAAGAGCAGGCGCCAGAAGGGAUUGAAAAAAAAUUAUGAAGGAAAGUAUCAAGCUGUUUCUUCUGGUGCAGAUAAAAACAUGGCUUACUUAGAGGGUUUGGCAGAGAAAGAUGCCACUGAAAAAUCUGAUGCUGCACGAGAAGCAUUCCUGGCAGAGCUUGCCCUUGAUUCAGAGAAGAAUUCAGGUGGAGGAAAUGAUAAUUUAAAACAUGCAACUAAAAAGACAAAAGAUAAAAAAAAGAACAAGGACUAUCGAAAAAGCAAGGGUGCAAAGGCUUCCACUGGAACUAUGCAGCCCAUUCAUGACCACGAGACUUCUCAAUGCAUUUCUUCUCGAGGUGUUAAUGAUAAGGAAAAUGAAGGGGGUGAACUUAUAAUUGUUGGAAGCAAAGAUUCUCCAUCUCUGGAGGAGUGCAAGCUAGGAAAUAUGCUUGAAGAAGAGGAAAGAAAGCUCGAAGAGACAUUGGAGUACCAAAGGAAAAUUGAAAAUGAGGCUAAACUCAAGUAUCUUGCUGAGGAACAUGAGGUAGUUGGAACAGCACUUUCAGAGAAGAUGCCUGCAGAAGUAGUACCUGAUGCUUAUUCGAGAUACAAGGAAGAUCAAGAUGCAAGUGAGCAAGGGAAUAACGCCAAGGAUUCAAUGUUUCCAACUGAUGAAUCUCCUGACGUUUUGGAAGGUCUUCUAAGGAACACUGCUGAUGUUGAUGCAAAUAGAGCGGAGAAUCAGAAUGAAGGAAUGGUUGAAGCUGAACCAGCAGUUUCUGAUCAGACUGGAAGAAAGAGCAGGCGCCAGAAGGGAUUGAAAAAACAUUAUGAAGGAAAGUAUCAAACUGUUUCUUCUGGUGCAGAUAAAAACAUGGUCAGUAGACUGAUGUCAUUUGAAAAUUUGCAAGGGAUGAUAUCAAAGUCACAUUCUGAAAUAGAUUAUUCUGGAGAGUUACCCAUUGAAGGGGCCACUGAAACAGCCGUAGUUAAUGUGUAUGGGACAGGGCUGCAGAAUGAAAUUGGGGAAUAUAAUUGCUUCUUGAAUGUCAUUAUCCAGUCAUUGUGGAAUUUAAGCCACUUUCGAGAUGAAUUUUUGAGAUCAUCAUCGAAUCACAUUCAUAUUGGCGAUCCUUGUGUUACAUGUGCUUUAUAUGGCAUUUUUACUGCUCUUUGUUUGGACACGCAAAGAGAAGCGGUUGCUCCUACCUCAUUGAGGACUGCUUUGAGCAACCUAUACCCUGAUAGCAAUUUCUUCCAGGAGGGGGAGAUGAAUGAUGCUUCAGAAGUACUAGAUGUAAUAUUGGAUUGCCUUCAUCAGUCGUUUACUUCAGAUUUGGGUUCUUCUGAGACAAAAUCAACAUCUAGACGCUUGGACUCCUGGGAUUGUACUAACAGUGCUUGUAUUGUGCAUUCUAUUUUUGGAAUGGAUAUCUUUGAAAAAAUGCUCUGCCCCAAAUGCAAACUAGAAUCUAGACAUCUGAAAUAUACUGCUUUCUUUCACAAUAUUAAUGCUAAUGCAUUGAGAAUGACAAAGGUUAAGCAUCAAGAAAGCUCAUUUGAUGAACUUAUGAAUCUUGUCGAGAGGAACCACCAGUUGUCUUGUGAUCCAGAUGCUGGUGGGUGUGGGAAACAUAACUUCAUUCACCAUUUCUUGUCUACUCCACCACAUGUUUUCACAAUAGUUCUAGGAUGGAAGAAUACUUGUGAGAGUCUUGAUGACAUAAGAGCAACAUUGGCAGCCAUAUCUACUGAGAUUGACAUUAGUGUCCCUUACCAUGGUUUAGAUCCAAACAACAGAUAUAGCCUAGCCUCAGUAGUUUGCUAUUAUAGACAGCAUUAUCACUGUGUUGCUUAUAGCCGUCAUCAUGAGAAGUGGAUAAUGUAUGAUGACAUGACUGUGAAGGUGAUUGGCAGCUGGGAUGAUGUUCUCAUGAUGUGUAUAAAGGGGCAUUUGCAACCUCAAGUCUUUUUCUAUGAAGCUGCAAACUAACUUUGCGUGGUCGGGUCUUGGGGAAGCUUUGAUCCUGGCUCGUGAGCUGUAUAAUCCUUGUAUACCCACAAAUUUGUAAAUGUCAAAAGGAAUUUUACAGAAAGCGAAACAGUCUAGAAUCAGUUAGCAUAUUGAAGAGAAAAGAGAAAUUGGAGUUAUUGGCCUGGAAGGUAAAAU